UGCCUUACGUAGUAUGGCAACCCAUAAGGAACAGAAAUCUUAGAGUUCUAUGAGUACGCGUGCUUCUGCGGAUUUAUAUGUUGGUAUGAAUUCUGGUUAAGUGAAGUCUGUAGUACUACACAAUGGUUUUAACUGGUGAAGGACCACCUGGAAGUGAUCGUGGUGGUGUUUCUGGGUAUGGGAUAUGGAAUAUUUUGGAGUUGCAAACUAGGCUGGCAGAAAUCGGGGCGCCUACUCAAGGAAGCCGAGAAGAACUUAUUGAUCGAUUACAUGGCUACAGCAUGCAGACUGGAGUAAUGCUUACUAGACCUAUGCUUAGGCCAGAGGAUGGUGACAAAGGAAUGCCGCCAAUGCCAGGAAUGAUGCCUGGCAUGCCGAUGCCUCCACCUCAUAUGGGAAUGCAUGGCAUGCGGCCUCCACCUGGAAUGGGAAUGCCAUUUGCAAUGGGAAUGGCACCACCACCUCCUGGUAUGGGGCAUCUUCCACAUCUCCGUAUGCCGCCACCACCACCACCUCCUAGAGAACACCCAGGUCUUUCAGAAGAGGACAAGAUGAAAUUAGCACAGCAGCAGGCAGCAAUGUUGAUGCAGCAGCAACAUGAAGAAAGAGUCAAGCAACAGCAACAGGCUGUAGCAAUGAUGGAGCAAGAGCGGCAUGAAAUGGUCAAAAUGCAGGAGGGGCCUCCAAUGCCUCGACCACCAGAGCCUGGACUUGGACACCUGCCUAGACCGCCAAUGCCACCCAGAGUAAAUGCUCCUUUGGGCCCACAUCUUGGACUUCAUGUUGGACUACAUCCUGGUAUGCCACACUCUGGACCUAUGCAUUCUGGACACCUCCACUCUGGACCACUGCCUUCUGGUCCUCUCCCUUCUGGACCUUUACCCUCUGGACCACUGCCAUCUGGACCUUUACCCUCUCGUCCACUGCCAUCCGGACCCCCACCCUCUGCACCACUACCACCUGGCCCCCCACCACCACCUGGUCCUCCUCUGCCUUCUGGCCCACCCCCACCAUCUGGCCCUCCCCCUACAAGUCACCAGCAAUCUGGAAUGCCAUCAUCUGGUCCACCUCUUCCACCACAUUCUGCUGCAGGUCCACCUCUUCCACCACAUUCUGCUGCAGGUCCACCUCUUCCACCACAUUCUGCUGCAGGUCCACCUCUACCACCACAUUCUGCUGCAGGUCCACCUCUACCACCACAUUCUGCUGCAGGUCCACCUCUUCCACCACAUUCUGCUGCAGGUCCACCUCUUCCACCACAUUCUGCUGCAGGUCCACCUCUUCCACCACAUUCUGCUUCAGGUCCACCUCUACCACCACAUUCUGCUUCAGGUCCACCUCUACCACCACAUUCUGCUGCAGGUCCACCUCUACCACCACAUUCUGCUGCAGGUCCACCUCUACCACCACAUUCUGCUGCAGGUCCACCACUACCACCACAUUCUGCUGCAGGUCCACCUCUACCACCACAUUCUGCUGCAGGUCCACCUCUUCCACCACAUUCAGCUGCAGGUCCACCACCAUCGGGCCCACCUCCCUCUGUUCCUCCACCUCCAUCUGGCCCACCUCCUAAAGGUUCACCUCUAUCUGGGCCACCCCCUAAAGUUCCACCACCUUCUGGACAACCUCCCUCAGGUCCACCUCCCCCAGGUCCACCACCUUCUGGUCCACCUCCUCCAGGUCCUCCUCCAGCUGGGCCUCCUCCCCCAGGUCCACCUCCUUCUGGACCUCCCAAAGGUCCACCUCCUGCUGUGCCGCCUCCCAAAGGUCCACCUCCAUCUAUGCCACCUCCCAAAGGUCCACCUCCAUCUGUGCCACCUCCCAAAGGUCCUCCUCCUCCUCCCCCCUCUGGACCACCUCCAUCGGGACUUCCACCCUCUAGCCUACCUCCCUCUGGGCCAGCUCCCACUGGACCUCCACCCUCUAGCAUGUCUCUCUCUGGACCACCACCCAAAGGCCCACUUCCCUCUGGGCUGUCUACCAGUAGCCCACCUUCCAGUGGUCCACAUCCCACUGCUUCGUCAUCUUCAGGCCCAUCUUUCUCUGGUCUGACAUCCUCAGUCCCAUCUUCAUCUGCUGCACCAACCUCAGUCCCAUCUUCGUCUGCUCCACCAACCUCAGGCUCAUCCUCAUCUGCUAUUUCAGCAUCAGGCUCAUCUUUGUCUACUUUACCAACUUCAGUUUCAUCUUUGUCUGCUCAACCAACGUCUGUCCCAUCUUCAUCUGCAUUGCCAACGUCUGUCUCUUCUUCGUCUGCUCUGCCAUCAGUUUCCGCUUCAUCUUCUCUGACCUUAGUCUCAUCCUCGUCUGUUCUGUCAACCUCUGUCGCAACUUCUACUGCUUCAUCAACCUCAAGUCCAUCUUCAACUGCUCCACCAACCUCCAGCCCAUCUUCAGGUGUUUUCUCAACACUGAGCUCAUCCACAACUGUCCCAACAGCUUCAACCUCGACUACAUCUCUUCCAUCACCUUCCUUUUCUCUGCCAUCAUCUGCCAUGUCAUCCAUGAGUACACCUUCAUCGUCUGCAAUAUCUAGCCUCUCCUCUACUCUACCUUUCACAACUUCACCAGUUUCAGCCACCUUAAUAGCAAUAUCGCCAAUAAAUAGAUCACGAGGCCCCCCUCCUCCACCUGGUGAAGAUGGAAGAGAGAGUGAGGACAGUAGUACUGGGCCCAAGAUUCCACAAGCUUUGGAAAAGAUAUUGGCAUUAAAAGAUAUGAGACAAGAGGAGCUUAACAGUGUGCAGAUAUCUGAAGAAAAGUCGCAAACGUAGGAACAGGAAAAAGAAGAAGAAGUCUUCUGACAAAAAUGAAGAUACUUCCGAAGAAGCGGAGGAAAAGCCGAAAGAUACUGAAAUGCUUCCUGAAGAUGUAGAAAUAGAGUAUGUCACAGAAGACCCAGAAAUCCUUGACCCCAACUUCAUCUUUUUCAAGAGGAUAUUUGAAGCAUUUAAGUUGACAGAUGAUGUGAAGAAAGACAAAGAAAAGGAGCCAGAGAAGACCGAUAAACAAGAGAUUAUAACAACCCUAAAGAAGAAGGGUUUUUUAGAGGAGAAAAAGGAUAGUGAUGACGACGAUGAUGAUGAUGAGGAUAGGAAACAGGAAGCCCUCAAGCUUUCAAAAAAGAAGCUAAGAAGAAUCAACAGACUUACAGUAGCUGAACUAAAGCAGCUUGUUGCCAGGCCAGAUGUAGUGGAGAUGCAUGAUGUCACAGCUCAGGAUCCCAAGCUUUUAGUUCACCUAAAGGCCGCUAGGAACUCUGUACCAGUACCCAGGCAUUGGUGUUUUAAGAGAAAGUACUUGCAAGGAAAACGUGGUAUUGAGAAGCCACCUUUUGAACUGCCAGAGUUCAUCCGAAGAACAGGAAUCCAAGAGAUGAGGGAGGCAUUGCAAGAAAAGGAAGAGCAGAAAACAAUGAAAUCUAAAAUGAGGGAAAAAGUUCGCCCAAAGAUGGGUAAAAUUGACAUAGAUUAUCAGAAGCUGCAUGACGCAUUCUUCAAGUGGCAAGUGAAACCAAAGCUUACAAUUCAUGGAGAUUUGUACUAUGAGGGAAAAGAAUUUGAGACUAGGCUAAAAGAGAAGAAACCAGGAGACCUUUCAGAUGAGCUCCGGAUAGCACUUGGAAUGCCUGUUGGACUGAAUUCACACAAAGUUCCUCCUCCUUGGUUGAUUGCCAUGCAGAGAUAUGGCCCUCCUCCUUCCUACCCCAACUUGAAGAUUCCAGGGCUCAACUCCCCAAUUCCAGAGGGUUGCUCAUUUGGAUAUCAUGCUGGAGGAUGGGGUAAACCACCAGUAGAUGAGACGGGAAAACCACUUUAUGGAGAUGUGUUUGGAACACAUGCUGUCGAAUUCCAGGCAAAGGGUGAAGAAGAAGAGAUUGAUCGGACACCAUGGGGUGAACUAGAACCAUCAGAUGAAGAAUCAUCUGAAGAGGAGGACGAGGAUGAAAGUGAUGAGGACAAACAAGAUGAUACUGGAUUCAUCACACCUGCUGACAGUGGACUGAUUACUCCAGGUGGUUUUUCUUCUGUCCCAACUGGAAUGGAAACCCCAGAACUGAUUGAACUGAGGAAGAAGAAAAUUGAAGAGGCUAUGGAAGGUACCGAGACACCACAACUGUUCACAGUGCUUCCUGAAAGGAGAACUGCAACUGUUGGUGGAGCCAUGAUGGGUUCAACACACGUUUAUGAAAUGACAACAGUGCUGGGCAGGAGAGGAACAGGUUUGGAGUACCAGGGAGUGGAAGUUGCAUUGGCUCCUGAAGAAUUGGAGUUGGAUCCCAUGGCUAUGACUCAGAAAUAUGAAGAACACGUUCGGGAGCAACAAGCUCAAGUAGAGAAGGAAGAUUUCAGUGAUAUGGUAGCAGAACAUGCAGCCAAGCAGAAGCAAAAGAAGAGGAAAGCACAGCCCCAGGAUACCAGAAGUGGUGGCAAGAAAUACAAAGAGUUCAAAUUCUAGACAUUCUGCAUUAAAGAGCAGUCUUGUGCACCUUUGUACUAGGUACAAGGUGCUUGUAGUACUGGUAUUUUGUCUGUUUUAAUAAAACAUGACAUCUGUGCUGAGCUUUAUUAUUUAACAGAAAGACAUUUUAAUGUAUUAAUAUUCCCUAAAAUUUGUUGCAGAAACCUUUUGGAUGUGAAUGAUGUACUUUUAAGUUCAGUGGCCAAAAAGAUCCGUUUAAUUGAUUUUUCAUCUGUAAAUAAAAUUCCACAGGGGGUCAAAAACUGUUUAUGGCAUGUCACUUUUUAUUCCAGUUAUUAAAUUUAGUGUGUACAGUAUGUCUUACAGUAUUAGUUGAAAUGGUGAUCAAGUGUUGCUUUAAAAAGGAUGUUAGUGCUAUAAAUGUAAACAAUGUCUUUGGCACUAAAGUUUGUCUUCCCUCUGCUGACCAAAAGCAAGCUCUGUGAAGUGUACAGAUGUAAUAAGAUGUCUACAGUUGCUUUCAGAAAUAAAAUAAUUUGUGUAUCCCUUUA